UUGCAGGACCUUAUUUUGCCAUUAGUAGAAUGCGCCCAACAGGCUUUGCGCAGAAAAGGUGGCGAGCUUACUUAUAAGAAAGCAGUAAACCUAUUAAAUAUCGUUUUGAAACAUAAGAGGGAGCAACUCACCGAGAAAAAGGCGGUGAAAUUAUUGGAUAAGCUUGUUUUAACAACGACGGAAACUGUAAAUCCUGAAAUGCGCAACAUCCUUGGCAGUAUUACAAGUUUUUUGUUCGCGGCCUGUUAUGACGCCAAGGAAAAUGUUGUUGCUGAGAGCAUGCGGUCGAAGAUGUUUGGAUUAUUGGAACAGUAUAUAACGGAUGGCAAUAGCCAAAUUUUGAGCGAAAUCAUUAUUACUCCGUUUAUCAAAUAUCCCCAAGCUUUCUUAAGCGAACUUCCACGAAUUAUGCAUUUCGCAUUUGAUGAAAGCACACGAACAUUUCAAAGGGUAUGUUCUGUUUUGCUCGCUCACAGCAGCUAUUCUUGCUAUUCAUCUGAAUGCAGUUUUGUGCAUAGUUUGCUUUGUUCAGUAGUGCGGAUGACCAGUGAAAGCUUAUUGUUGCCGCACUGAUU